CGCCACGCCACCCAAGCUUUGCUGCUGCCACCGGUCAGGACCUUCGACGGCGGCGUCGUUAAAGGCAACGGCCGCAGUUGAGCGGAGUGCGCCGGGGAGUUGAAGGACAACGGGAAAGUGACACCUCUGAGAUGUCGCACGCCACGCAGGCCGUGAAAUACGCGCUGCUUCAGGGCCUCCUGCUGACUUCAGCAUCACUGGCAGUGUCUCUGGCGCAGCCCGAUCGACUGAUAGCAGCUGCUCAGUCUGGCAUUGCACGGGGGCGUUCCUCCGGUUCUGGUUGUUUACUGCUGGCAAGUGACAUUGGAAAAGAUGGCUCAGAAAAGAACCCCACGAAGUCCUCUUCUCCAUUGCCCCUCAGUCAACAUCUACCGCAAGGCCACGAGAAACGCUCAACAGAGUCCAUCGGCCAAGGUUUCCUUGGUGGCCAGAAGCAGACUUCAUCAGAAGCCAUCCGACAAGAAUCACCGGGAAAUGGCAAAGCGCCACUUCUGGGGUUAGAGAGCAACGAUCCACUGAAUGUAUCGGCCGACAAACCCAAAAAUGUACCCACUGCCUAUCAGCCACGGUUAGUGGGCCGUUUGGGCCGCGAUGAGGAGCAACGGUCACCUGGGGCCAGGUGCCGGAAUUGUCGAGGCGGCAGAAGACCUGGCUCGAGACGCGUGAGAAGGAAGAGCGGCAAUGCUGUUGGGAAUGGGAAUGGGCAAGGGAAUGUGGGUAACAAUGGACAGAUCCAUUCAAGUCCGAAUUCAACAACCAAUUCAAGUCCGAAUUCAACAACCAAAGACCAGUGGUGGAGCACAGCGGGCGAAGGUUGGACCCUGUCAGAUUGCUUGAUUCCCGUUGGACUCCAGUCGGGGUUUAUUCCAGAUUCAGCCUUCACGGCCACCUCAGAAAAUUCGGCAGCAGGGCUCGGGGCGCCUUCGGCGAGGCUGAACAACGCUGCGGGGAGCUGGAGUCCCCGGCGCGACCGGACCGGCGAGUACCUCCAGGUCGACCUUGGCGUGUCGUUUCCCAUCAGCGGCUUGGUCCUGCAGGGUGCGCCCGGUAACAACACGUGGGUCACGGAGUUCCAGGUGGUUGUCCUGAGGGCAGAUGGAAAACAAUGGAAGCCUCUUGACGCCAAAGGUGAAAAUCAGGUUUUUGCCGGGAAUGUUGACGGAACGACGGAGCGGAGUCUGCUCUUCAACACGACCGUGCCGGCGUCCGGCAUACGAGUCAUGCCAGUGGCGUGGCACGGUCGGAUUUCCCUGCGGCUGGAACUUCUCGCGUGCUUAAAGGCGCUGAAAACACCCGAGAUAGAUUAUGAUCCGACGAGCGUGAAUGGUAAGGUCAAAAUUACAGUUGCCAACUUGCCGGGUGGUCCCGUCUGUUUCCGAUGGGACAUGGGAAAUGGAGAAAACCUGAUCCUAGGGCCCAUGUUUUGCAAGGACGGUUGCCCGUCGUGUCAAUACGAAACACUGGACUACAAGUCCGGCUCUUUCCAGUUCACCUACAAGCAAAUGCGGAUGUUCACAGCCACGGUGAACGCGACCAACGUAAUAUCCAGUGCCAGCCAGAGCAUGAACGUGACCGUGAACAGAUUCGGCUGCAAGCUCGGCGCAGUGACCAUUCAGGACGACGCAAAGGCUGCGGAGGCGCCCAAGGUCGUGCGCAUCACGGACGGCCUCAGCCUGCCAGUGGACGUGCAAAGGAGUUGUGUGGUGUCGGGCAUGCGCAUGAGUCUCAAGUGGACGGCGAAGCAGAUCAAUGAUACCCGGUCCUACUCUGGGAAUUCCAACACGCUCACCAUCGUGUUCGCGCCCAACCAGCUCCCUCUGGGCUCUUACCGGCUGACGGUCACCGCCACCAUUUCCCUCGCCGGUAUCCAGAGCGUGAGCGAGCCCAUUUUCCUCAGGUUCGAGGAGCCUCUGCUGGAUGUCCAGCUGUCUGGAGGUCACUACAGGUUGGUGGGCGAGGGGAGAGACGUCCUGGUGGAGGCGGUGUCAAGUUCAGGAGAUGCCGCAGCCGUGAGCGGCGUCGCCUAUGACUGGUCCUGCAAGACGAACGCCACGCUCGAAUUCGCCGUGGCCAACGCCUCGGCCUGCGUCGGGGCGCAGGCCGUUGGGCGCAGAGUCUUUCGGCUGCCGGGUGCCUCCAUCGUGGCGAGCUCCGUAUUCUACGUGCGUCUCGUGGCGUCAUCGGGCAGCAGAGUGGUGACGUCUGAGCAGACGAUCAAUGUGACCAAAGGGACGCCUCUGGAGAUCAGCAUCAGAUGUUUGGAAAACUGCAACGAGAAGAUUGAUCCAACGUCGACGUUCUACGCGGUGGCCCAGUGCUCCAAGCUGCGCCAGAGGUGAAGACAUCUCCUACUCGUGGUCACUGAGGCAGUUCAACACGGACACCGCGGCGUACGACAUUGACCGGGGCUCCCUUGUUCGACA